CCGCGAUGGCGACAAGACACUCUGCGCGUACUUCAGCUCGACAGCUACUUGUUAGCGCUCAUUGUAUGCAGCUCGUUCUCAACGGCAGCAAAAUGCAACUACUCUAGGAAGAAGUCACCCGACACCCCUGCUGUUACCCCUCCAACCGAAAGUGACUCGUCCACGGCGACGGAGACGCCUACUGUGGUGGCAGCUGAAGCUAACGAAGCGACUAAGACGCAGGCUGAGACCGAAAAUGCAUCCCAGUUCACGACCCCUGAGCCAGCUGACCAAGGCGGUUCUGUGUCGUCCCAGACCUCUGAGAAUGAAUCGUCGACUCAAACCAACAACAAAUACAGCCAAGAAAGCAUACUCCCGACGCAAGCUUCGGCAGAAGGCGGCGGUGCUCCCCAAACUGUUUCGGCCACCAGUGCACAUGCCCCCUUUGGCGACAUCACGUCUCAGAAGGGCGGCUGUGUCGUUGGCAACCCCAAUAGGUUCAUCAGCACCGCCGACGUCAACGAUCAGUGGGACCGACGCAUGAGCAAGGACGUAUCGCCGUUCCACAACCUCAUCUUCGACCAGAUCGUCAACAACAACGCGUCGCUCAGCUACUGCGUGCGCUGGGACAACAAUGAGAAGCUCUCGAAGACUACGGCGUCCAAGUUCGAGGCCAUGCUCAGCCGCCAGUUCAAGCUCUGGAACCACUGGCUCAUCGGCUACGACUGCUGGCCGUACGAGAAGAUCGACAUCAAGAUCGUGGGCUUUUUCGCUGUGCGGGACGCGUCGUUGCUGGACUGGAGCGACGACUCGCUGGGCAAGAUCUACGAGGGCGUGCUGGACGACGACGAAAUCCCCAAGUGCCCCGACGAGUGCUACAAGCACCAGGGCCAGCAGGCCAACGCCGACACGAGCGCGUGCGAGGGCCAACCCUUCGACAUGUCGCUCUGGCCCUCGGAAGACGUGCCCGGCCAGAACGUGGACGGCGCCGGCGGAGACUGGGGCCAGCGCGUGGAGGUGAAGGCCAUGCUGGAGAUCAUGGACGACGAGCAGAUGAUGACGCUGGCGCACGAAAUCGGCCACGGCUUUCGCCUGCCCGACUUCUAUGGGCCCUCGGACAAGAGCUCGACGUUCCCCGCCGCUCUCAUGGACCAGAGUGAGACGCUCACGCCUGCGGAUGGUGGAAA